UGUUGGGUUUACCAGUAUUUUAAUGUGUUUAAUUGUCAUUUCGCAGUGUUUUGGGGGUUGCUAGACGCUCCGAAGAGAGCUAUCACCUGAAAGCUAUUUUUGUAAACAAGACUGACAUUAAACGGUAUCAACCUCCCAGGUUUAACCACAGCUGGCGUGGGUUAAGACGCAAAACUGUUUAUGCUAAGAAAUUCUACAUGUUAUUCUUCCGCUAAGCGGUAUAGUUCCCGGACAGUUGUGAAAUGAAUGAUAUUUGCCAGGGUGCGAGUGAAUUUGCUCAGCGCAAUAAUAUUUAAGUGGACGGAGGUGUUCAACUCUUUCGAACGUGACUCGGCCAAUGGGAACAGAGGACCGGAACUAUGUGUUUUAAUAGCGCUCAGCUGAUUUCAACUGCCUGCCUGAAAAUAGAAGAGUAGACCAGACUGGACCCUCACUAAUCUCUCCUAAAACACCCAACCCUCUCCAAAUUACCAGUACAUCUCAGAGGCACCGAAAUAGGCAAAACCCCCUUUGCCCCAUCAUGAUCGACCAGACACUAGCAGCCUGCGGCAGCAAUUAUUAACCCAUGAGUGGCAGAUACAAUAUGGGUCAGACACUCUCGCGCAGCUGCAAGCCAGGAAACACUAAGGCAAAAAUACACGAAGGCCUGUUUCAUGGCUUUUUCAUGUCCCUCCAGCAGUGAUGUCCAGGGUUCUGUCCCUUCGAGGAAAUGGGGUUCUCCCUGUGGCUGGUGGGGAGGUGAUGGGUGAGGGGCUGAGGGUGAGGGUGGACCGGGCCGCAGCCUUUAGGGCCGUUCUGGCAGGUGGAGCCACGGACUACCUGAAGCCCUCGGGUCAGAAGCAGGGUUGUGUGGUGCUCAACUGCCCCGCGCUACACCCCAAACCCAACACACCCACCCCUGAUACGCUGACUCUGGGCCAGCUGAGGACCGUUCUGUUGGCCGACCACAUGGGGGCGCUGCUGAGAGGACAGGGAUUUUCAGUAUCCUAUUGCCCCACGCUUCCUGAAGACAGCGACAUCAUCACCUUUCUCAGAGCUCUGGGAAUCGAUUGGCCGACAGCUCCAGCCAACUGGACCAACGAGGAGCGGGAGGAGAAGAUCCAGGAGGCGCUGGAGAACUGCCCAUACAGAGAGAGGGAAACAGAGAGAGGCAGGAGGACCAGCGGAGGGGGAGGAAGGAAGGUGGAGGAGGGGGAGAACGAGGGAGCGCUCAGGGUCAACCUGAAACGAGUGUUCCAGGAGGAGGGACUGCUGGGAUACGACCCGAGCCUUGGUACCUGCACAGUGCACAGAGACAGUGUUUCCCACCUGGCGCAACUGGACCUAGCCACAGCCGACCACACAGUAGCCAUGGCAACAGCGUUACAUGUGACUUCCUGUCAGGAUGAGUUCCGCCAACAGCAGAUAGCGAUGCUGUGGAGAGCCAGUGGAGCGACACACACACAGAGACAUCUGGUGUGUGGGCCUGUGAAGACUCCUGGUUCUCACCUCACUGCUGCACAGUACCUGCAGCUAAGAAGAGGACAGAUGAAGGAGGCCUCAGAGAUGAAAUAUGGAGAUCAAGUUGAAGGUCAGACAUGGGAUGACAUCAUCAGGGUCAUGACCUCUGCCACUGUCAGAUUUGAGCUGCUGUCAACGGUCCACACCAGUCCUGUGACACUGGACGUCCAGAGGGAAGGGGGCGUGUCCACCAAAGGGCCGAGAGGAGGAGUGUUUGUGAUGUACAACUGCGCCAGACUUCACACUCUGUUCGACAGCUACGAGAGAGGAGUGGAGAAGGGUCUGUACCCAGAAAUCCCUGAAGGCUCCCAGUUAGAUUUCUCUGCUCUGAAAGAGGAGGGUGAGUGGCUUCUCCUGUUUAAUUACCUCAUUCCGUUCUCCGAGCUGCUGGACCAAUCGGGACAAGCGCUGGACGGCGAAGGGGGAGGAGCCAGAGUUAAUAUUAAGACUGAACAGAUCUGUAAAUUUCUGGUGUCUCUCAGUAAAGACUUCAGCUCGUACUACAACAGAGUCCACGUGCUCGGGGAACCGUUGCCUCAUCUCUUCAACCAGAUGUUUUGUCGUCUGUAUCUGCUGAGAGCCUUGAGAGAGCUCUACCACAGCGCUUUGGACACCCUUAACCUUCCCCCCAUCAGGCAACUAUAGCCUCGACAUAAUUCACUACUCCUGUGAUCACUGUCAGGCCUACCUCCCCACCCACCUCGUAGACACACACACACCUACACACACACAUUAUGUUUUGAAAUGGUAGCGUCAUCAUAUAGACACUUUGCUUGGAAAUUAUAUGUAUUUGUCUGACACAAUGUUAGCUUUCCCUCUUUUCUGGCGUUGUUACAGUCAGUUAUGAAAUGCUGUUUUACCUGCCCACUAUGUAGCCUCUACAGCUCAUUGUGAAUGAUUCCUGUAGCUGGACAUAUUGUAACUGUUUGGAUAUUUUAAAGAUGCCAUUACCUGUCAAUCACAUAAUGUGACAUUGGUAAACUUUGAACGCUGCACACUGUGAGUUCAGCUUGAUGUGGGUGGAUUGAUUCUGGUAGAAAAUGUGCACUGUUUCUGUACUGCUAAAGAAAUAUUUUGAUACUUGGGGAAUUCUGCUCAUUUGCCUUCUUGUCAAGCAUUAGAUGAGAAAUUCGACAUGACUCUCCUGUGAGCAUUAGCUUAGCACAAAGACUGAAAGCAGGGGGAAAACAGUCCAAAGGUUAAAAAAAACUACCUAGCAGCACCUCUAAAGCUCACUCAUCAAUAUGCUGUAUCUUCUGUGUUUAAUCUGUAGACAAUUAUGACAAUUUUGUGGCUUUACAGGGAGGUCCAAUAAUUUCUGUAACAAUUUCUUGGUCAUGCUAGUGUCUCCACUGGUUGUCUGGGUAACAAAAUCUGCUGAUCAGCACUUCUUAAAUUCACCAGUUAGCAUGUUAUAUCCCUAUAGUUUAAUCUAAACAAAAACCAAAGUGUCAAAACGACAAUUUUGCAUUUUAUGUAUAAAAAAUUUCGCUUGGACCAGUUGCCAGGCAACCAGCGGACACUCCUGAUCCCAGCCAAGACAUGAUCUGGCACAUAGCCCCCAUACUGCUUCCCAGCUGUAUGCCUUUGCCAACCAGUCCAGCUGCAGUUAAUUAGUAUGUGAGUUCCAAAAAUGUGUGACCUUUGACCUUUGUCCAAUAAAUUCUAAUCAGUUCAUCACUGAGUCCAAGAGAAUGUGUGUACCAGAUGUAAUAAAAUUCCCUCUGGGUGUUACUGGUAUAUCACAUUCACGAGACCAUGAGGACCAUGGCUUUUGACCAUCAAACUCAAUUCAGUUCAUCUUUGAGUUCCAAGUGAACGUUCACUCGUAUCAAGUAGCGAGCUUGUAGGUGAGGUGUUGUUAGGCAGAUUCUUUGGACAGAGCCAAGCAAAGAGCCUGUUUCCCACUGUUUGCAGUCUCUAUGCUACUCUAUGCUAACCAGCUGAAAAUGCAGUAUCAAUCUUCUCCUCUGGCUCUCAGUAAGAAAGUGAAUACACAAAUUUCCCAAAAUGUCAAACUAUUCCUUUAAGUUUAGGUCAGCUUCUACAUUCGGGUGAUUUCACCACAUCAACCAUAUAAAUCUACAGCGUCUCAGUUAGUGAAGAUGGGAUAUGUUUUUUCCUGUUGAAGCUUUGUAAUUAUAAAUUCUGCUCUAAUCAUGUGACCAUACAGUACAUUCAUAUACUCUUUAGCCUAACAACCUACAAAACUUAGUAUGAUUUUGGUGCCAAAAGUCUUGACGUCCCACCUACACUGUAGUAGGACUUUCUGAAUUUUCUAAAUUGCCUUAUGAUUAUCUCAGUAUCCUCCUCCCCCUUAAUGUGAGUAACAGGCUCUCUCUUCUUUGAAACACAUAUUAAUGUCUUAGUCACUGCCUGGGAAAAAAAAAAUUGUACUUUUUAUGAGGCUUUGUUGUUGAGAGUCCAGUUUAUGUGUGUUAAUCACCUUGUAUUUAUCAAUGGCAUACAAAUAUUUGUCAGUUUAAAAACAACUGUAGACCUGUACAGAAUAUAUAUUCUCCAUAAUGAGUCUUAAUUGCAGUUCAUAUGAUUAUUCAGGGCCCUCAGAUUAGUUUUUUAGUUGUCCUGCUUAACAAAUCACAAAUGUUCAGUAUCAAACAACAUGUACCAGAUAAACAUCUGUAUCAAAAACAGGACGUUAGCAGCAUUUAGGACCUCGUGCCAAGAUGUUAGGAGAUGCAUGAAAUGGCAUAAAAAUAAUAUAUAUGAAGAAUUUUAUGCCAAAAAUGUUAUUUAUAAAUUUGGGGAGGGAAAAAGUGAUGAGCUAAAGUUGAUCCUUCAGUAUCUCUGAAAAGGGAAAUGUGUUUGUUGCCAUUUCAGUUACCUACUGUUUGUUGAAAUGUGCCAUAACUUGUUUUAACUUUCUGCUUUACAUUAUUUUGUAAGUAAGUGUGUUUUUUUUUUUUUUUAAGUGGUGAUCUUACAUUGAAACAAAACAGUUGUGUCGUACACAAAGAUCAAAUAUCUUACAAAUUCACUUCUCACUGCAUGAAAUGUUGUUUGUUCCUGAAUCCUCGAUGGAUUUUUUUAAUGGAGUUUUUUUUUUUUUUUUAACUUUUUAUUUAGUACAGUAAAGGGAAGGGGCUGUUUACAAUAUGCUGAUUUAUUCACAGUAACUGUCUUGUUAACUGCCACUGUAAUCACCACAGUAUUAAAGCAGGAGAGAUGCAGGAUGAAGAACA